CUCCCCUCACCUGAACAGGUAAGUAAACGGCAAAGAAGUGGUUUUACCUGUCAACGCCAUCUAGCGUCGUGAAUGUUCAACAAGCCUGGUCGAUCCCGACCUAAGUUUGUGGGCGCCCAUACAUACGUCCGUCUAAAAUGCAAUCCAUUACGUCCCUGCGGCAAAAAUAGGCCCCGAAUUUUUCUUUUCCUCCCUCUCUUGUAUUAGUAUAUAAUCGAUUGACCAGGGCGGAUGGGUGGGGUGAAAAGGACCGGAGUUUGGCACAGUCACGACAUGUGUCACGAAAAAUGAAAAAAGGAAAAAAGAAAGACGACGCACGCGUCCUUCGAGAUGCCCUUUUGCCUACUUGAGAAUUCAAAACGCGGAACAUCCGGAAAACGGGCAGAGGUAGGCACCGUGAGCUACGCAGCGGUCACUAUCCCCGAGAAGAUAAUUGGGCUUGGCCGACUGUUACACCCAACGGUAUGAGAAAAAAUAAAAAUAAAAGAGCAUUCACACAUAUGGACGCCUUAUUUGCCAUGAUGACGGUGAUGUGUUUUGAAUGUACACCGCAAUAACACUCACUUUUCAAACUCGAUCGGAUUUCAUUUGUUCGUGCCUUCGUAAGUAACUCAUGGACGUCCGGAACAACUACACACCUCAUUAAACCGCAUUUUGGAAGAAGAAGAAAAAAAAUAAUCUGCCGAUUCUACGCAGCCGCGUGAGAUAACGUGAAGAAAGAAAAUAAAAGAAAUGGGCGGAAAAAAAGAAGAUGGAUGCGUCGGACGCGAGCUUUUUAAAUUUGUGUAUCCCCCUAGUGUGAAGGGUUUGUUUCGCCUGAAGCAUGAUUCUCACCAUUACCUUGAUGUAAUAGUAUGAUUGUUUCCCAUUUCAUCAAGAAAAAGAACUUGAGCGUAUGGAAAUGUUACAAUCACGAAUCUCCGAGAAACGAAAAAUAACAAAAUUGAUUUUAGUUAACCAGUUUCGACCGACAAUAGGAAUCACUAUCAAAGACGUACUAGCAUCCAGUUCAAGGUUGGAUAUGAGAUAAGCUACUGUAUCAGAAUAAUGGAUGGAGCUCUAGAAGUUUUCAUCACGGAAGCUCAAACCGGAACGUCAUCCAUAAUAGAUCGAGGUCGCCAGCAGCCCACUGACCUUGGCCAUCCAACACCCCAAAUCUUAAAUUCGUAAACUUCCAGUAAAGCUGGACAGGUAUCAAGUGAUUGUCUAAAUUUGCAUUUUACAAUUGAAAAUUUAAAUUCUUUUCGGCGCAAACGCGUCCAGCUUUUUCCGUCAAUCUUUUAUGGAGAUUGGGGGUUAACCCCCUUCUCCCGGAUCGCGAGUUGUGACGUCCAGCACGUGACAUUACCUUCCUUCUCCCUUCCAGAGGACCUCUCCCUUACCUCCCACCUUAUCCUCUUUGAUUCUCUUGUCUUUUGUUUCGUUAUUCUCGUGCGUGUGUAUGUGCGUGUGUUAUGUCGGUAUGUGUGAGUGUGUGUGGUUUUGUCCGUCCACUCUUGCGCUUUCUACGGGCCACGUUGAUGAUGUCAGAGUUGACGGGCAAAAAGACUCAGAGUCGGGUCGGACUUGCGCUGGAUGAGUCGUGCGUGGCUACGCUCUUAGCCGUUUCCCCCCCCCUCCCCCCCCAGUUCUCGUUUGUAAGCCAGAGCCUCUAUACGAUCGCUUGUGAUGCGACAUUGUUGACACACGGGCAUAUACGUUCCAUGUGUGUGUGCGACCCAGUUUCCAUCCAUGUUUUUUCUUUUUUUUUACAGUUUUCAUCGAGCAGCCGUGGAUAGUCAAAUUAGUGUGUCAAAGAUGAGUCCCAUGAUGCUGUUCGGCUGUUGAUAUCCUAUCAAGAAAGAAAAUAAAACCAUUUGUGAAACAGUAAGGCAGAGAAAGAAGGUCUUUAGCAUGAACAGGUAUCGAAUUCUGGGAAGGAUCGGAGAUGGAGCUUACGGUUCAGUCGUUUUGGCCAUCAAACUGGAUUCCGGCGAGAAAGUGGCCAUUAAAAAAAUGAAGCGAAAGUGCCAUUCGUGGGAGGAGGCGAUGAACCUUCGUGAAGUCAAGUCCCUGAAAAAACUGAGUCACCAGAAUGUGGUAAAACUCAAAGAAGUGAUCCGGGAGAAUGAGACUCUCUUUUUCGUGUUUGAGCACAUGAAGGAAAACCUUUACCAGCUUGUUAAGGAACGCUAUGAACGAGGAGAAAAGUCAUUACCGGAACCUGCACUGAAGGAGAUCGUGAUCCAAAUUCUACAGGGCCUUGCCUACAUGCACAAGCAUGGCUUCUUCCACCGUGAUCUCAAGCCGGAGAACGUGCUCUGCAACGGGACAGAAAUGGUCAAGCUUGGCGAUUUCGGUUUGGCCAGGGAGAUCCGGUCACGACCGCCUUUUACCGACUACGUGUCCACCCGAUGGUAUCGAGCUCCCGAGGUCUUGCUCCACUCGACAAACUACAACAGUGCCAUCGAUAUGUGGGCCGUUGGCUGCAUGAUUCCUGAACUGUACACCUUCCGGCCGCUUUUUCCCGGCUCCAGUGAAAUCGACCAGCUCUUCAAAGUCUGCGCUUUGCUAGGAACACCUACAGAGAGUCAAUGGCCUGAUGGCUAUCAGCUAGCGACCAAGAUGCAUUUCAAAUUCCCGCAGUUCAACAACUCAUCGCUCAACCAGCUGCUCGUACAAGCUAGUCCUGAGGCCGUCAAACUUGUCAAUUUACUGCUCCAGUGGAAUCCGGCAAGAAGGCCGUCAGCUCAACAGGCUCUCAACCAUUCAUUUUUCACACGGACAAGUCACAAUUCGUCGGUCAUGUCGUCAGGCAACAAAACCUGGUUGGGUAAUACAGGUCGGGUCUUAUCGACGUCGACGACAACAUCGGUCAAGUUUUUGGGACCAAAUCGUUCAAGCCACCAGCCUAUACAGCAGCAACAUUCGGCUAUCCAUUUGAAAUUGACAUCCGACGCCAGACUGUCUGCGAGGCAAGUGGUACAAUCAGAACCUGCCCGUCCCAAGCCCCAAUGGUCGGACGGCGAAGAUGGAGUCAACAAGAAGAAAGACGUCAAUGCAGAUGACGAUGACGGUUUCGAAGAUAUUUUUCAGGGAUUAUCUUUAGUCAGUGACGUGAAUUCUUUCGUCCAGCAUGCGCCACAGCAAGUGGCCAGGGUAUACAAUAGCCACAGUUCAAACCCGAUGAAAUUGAAAUAUGCCAACGGGCCGAUGUUGGCCGUCAGUUAUACGAGCCCCGCCACAGUUACGAGCGCUCCGGCCGUUGUAUCAGCCACAUCGAGAAUGUCCGUCCCAUCAUCGGGAGCUGUAACAGAGAGAAUCCCGAGGCUCGUCAGCGGGCGGACAGACUGGGCUGCCAAAUACCUGAAAACCAGCACCAAGUAUUCAAAAUGAAUAUUGGCUGCAUUCGUUCCCCUCACGCUGUUCCUCAAAACUAUCUGUAUUCAAAAGAUUCCAAAACAUUAUAUAUAAUAAUCACUCUUGUCAGAGUCUGUAUGAUAUUUCUAUUGAACGACGGGGUCGUCGUGGCCUCAGCAUAAAUGAUUCAUUUAAUUGUG